AUGUCUACACCAGGGUAUUAUGAGUUAUACCGUAGAAGUACAGUUGGCAGUUGUUUAGUUGAUGCAUUGGAUACCUUAAUUAGUGAUGGUAGAAUUGAAGCCUCUUUGGCAAUGAAAGUUUUGGAAUCAUUUGAUAAAGUAGUAUCGGAGUCAUUAAGAGAAAAUACUCAAUCAAAACUUAACGUAAAAGGUUUGCUAGACACAUAUGGAUUUUGUGACGAUGUUUGGACAUUUAUAAUAAAGGAUUGCAAAGUUACAGUAGAAUCAAAUAAAACCGCAACCAUCACUAAUGAAAAUGGUGAACAAGUAACAUCCACAACUGAUGAACAGCAGACGAUACAGGUAGAUAAAUUAAGAAUUGUUGCAUGUAACUCAAAGAAAGGUGAUUAA